AUAACGAUACACGCUCCUUUCGUAUCACAACAGCAACAACUCACAGAAGAGCGCCAUGAGCCGCCGAGCAGACAGAAGUCAUCGACGUGGAGCUCAUCGAGUCGAGCGCGGCAGGCAGGCGUUACCAAUCAAACACGAUCUCCGCUCGCUUUCCCCUUCUCCUCGCGAUCGGGCAGGAUUAGCACGAAAUACGGUUAUAUUUCUCACCGUCAUUUCAUCACAAGACCUCGUUUAAUUCUCAACACUAGGAUUCUGUUUUUGUUUUAAGCGUUAAGCCGAUGUGAGACGAGAAAGCGCGGAUUUCGAGAAAAUAUUUCAUAUUUUUGGAACGCAGCCAAUAAUAGGCGGUCGGUUUCGUCUAUUUAAAAAUAAAAAAUAAGUAUGAGGCAAACACAUUGAGGUAAAAAAAUAAAUAAAUAAAUAAUAUAAAUGUGAAACGACUUGAAGGUAAAACUUCUACUAGCCUACUUGGGGGCUUUUCUUCUUCAUCUUUUUUUCUAGAAGUCAAACUGAGGUCUUAAUAAUUCCUAAGUGUUUACCGACGAGAAAUGCUCACAUUCAAAGAUUUGCAUCUCGUCUAAACAUUCACACAAGCCGCCUAACCUAGAUAGUCACCUUAAAACUGCGCCCUUGAUAUACGUGUAGCCUACGAACAGCCUCCUUGAAGAAAACCGAUCAUUAUUAAUAGGUGUUAUUAUUAUUAUUAUAUUCGUGUAUGUGAAGGGCGAAAUGCUUAGCUCUUAGACUAUUUUUUGCAGCGUUUCAAGCAAAUAAACGCGUGCGUGCUUGAAAAACGUCUAUACGCAAAUAUAAAAGGGGCACAAGAUAUAUAUUUGAUUGUGAUGUAAUUAUUAACAGUGAGAUGACGAGAAGGUGUUUUGCAAUUUAUCAACAAAAGACGUGUUUUGUAUGUAAUUUACCUCCGAACUAUUCUAGCUUUUUUUAUUAUUAUUAUUGUUAUUGUUAUUAUUACUAUUCGCUUUUAAAGCUCAAACGCAUUUAUUUAGUAGGACGGCUGAUUAAACGUAUUGUGCAAUCGUUUUACUAAUUUUGUGCAAUUAAAAGAGCGCAGGAUCUCUAUUUUUUUAUAUAUAUUGCAAGUCAUUAGGCGGCUGUUGCCAAUAAUAGAAACUCCCGAGUGCUGAAAUAUUAAUUAAACGGGAUUUUCAAAAUAAUGAAUAUCUCUUGCACGCUUUCAGACAAUAUAAAUACAAACCCAGCGCGUUUAGCCCGUUUUGUCAAUGCUUUACGAAGCUAUCCGUUAGGGCUGUUAUUACCAAGAACCUCUAAUAAAUGCGCUUUGACUAAAUUGUUCAAAUGAGUAAUUUCGAUUGAGAUUCGACUCAACGUGUUCGUAUCAUGCUUCUGAAAAACACCUCAUCGCUCCAAUAAACACAAAUGUGCGGUGCAAAAAUAAAUGUUUAGGUUAAAUAAUUAGCUCGCAGUGAAGCAAGCCUUGGAGCCGAUUCGGGUUUUUAUUUCUCGUCCGCGGGUCAGAAUGAAAUUCUUAAUGAUGUUGUUACUGCAUGAUCACAAAGUGCGUGUUUUUUCUUUCCCCCUUCUCUUUGCUCCUCUCGUUAUCUCUCCGGUUUUCCAGCUCGGAUCAAACGGCGGCGGAAUAAGAUGCCCUUUUCAGUAGUUUUGGCCUCAUCCCAGCAUCAUCAUCGCCAUCAUCGCCAUCGUCGUCGUCGCCAUCCCCGGUGUUUCCAAACUCUAAGCAGUCGAGCUUAAUGACAUUAAUUUGCUCAUCUUGUCAAUCUCGGCCAAUAGCAAGCACGGAAGGGUGAUGUGGAUCUGAAGGACAGAUAAGGUUCCCCCACCCAGCCCGCGCCCAGCCCAGCCCGCCUCUGUGGGAAGGGGGCUCGUGGAGAGGAGCGCGGAUCAAGGGGCAGACGCUUCGCCAAGUAUAAAUAGUGUGACUUCAAUAGCGAACCGGCAGCGAGUCCGUACACCCCGCAACAAGAGGAAUUGUCAAAGAUCUCGUCGCAUCCCCUCGCGUUCAGGCCGAUGUCGGCGUGUUAUGGUAGACUGCUGAGGAUCUAAAGAGAAGAUUGCGGGGUUUUUUUCUCUUCUUCUCGUUGCGCGCAGUGAUGGAAGAACUUACCGCGUUUGUCUCCAAAUCGUUUGAUCAGAAAGUCAAGGAAAAGAAGGAGGCGAUCACGUACCGGGAGGUGCUGGAGACCGGCUCGGCGAGGAACAGGGAGAGCCUGUCGGCGGAACCGGCGCGCGAGGAGCUGAACGGCGUCGCGCGGAGCGGCGCGCGCUCGUCGCCGGCCGGAGAGGCGGACAUGCUCGCGUCCGAGAGGAGCAGGGACUCCGUCAGCCCCAAACUUACAGACGGUAACGCGGAUAUGAAAGAACGCAAAGAGGAUUGUAAGCCGCUGGAGGAUGAGACACAGACUAAAAUCAAGCAGAGAAGGAGUCGGACUAACUUUACCCUUGAGCAGCUGAAUGAGCUGGAGAGACUGUUCGAUGAAACGCACUACCCGGACGCCUUUAUGAGAGAGGAGCUGAGCCAGAGACUCGGGCUGUCGGAGGCCAGGGUUCAGGUUUGGUUUCAGAACCGACGGGCCAAGUGCAGAAAGCAGGAGAACCAGUUACAUAAAGGAGUCCUCAUCGGAGCGGCGAGCCAGUUCGAAGCGUGUCGCGUCGCCCCGUACGUCAACGUGGGAGCCCUGCGCAUGCCCUUCCAGCAGGAUAGUCAUUGCAACGUGCCGCCCUUCUCCUUUCAGGUGCAGGCGCAGCUGCAGCUGGACAGCGCCGUGGCCCACGCGCACCAUCACCUGCACUCGCACCUGGCGGCGCACGCGCCCUACAUGAUGUUUCCCGCCCCGCCGUUCGGGUUGCCCCUGGCGACGCUCGCGGCGGAGUCCGCCUCGGCAGCUUCGGUGGUGGCGGCGGCGGCGGCGGCGAAAACCACCAACAAGAACUCGAGCAUCGCGGACCUGAGACUCAAGGCGAAAAAGCACGCGGCGGCGCUGGGGCUGUGACGUCACCGGCCCAAACAAACAAACAAACACGUUAUUUAUGUUUUCCCGUGAAGGACACGCGCGCGAGAGAAAGGAUAGGCUAUUUAUGAGAACACAAACUGUGAAGCGGACGAACUUUACGCGGACUUUUACGCGGACGGAGGGACGGCUGAAUGAACUGCGAGGACGUGGAAGAGUUGAACUUUUAGUGAACUUUCUUCCGCGGGAGACGAAUAUAAUGAUGCGAAGCAGCUGGGACGAUUGUUCGGCCGUUUGUGUGACAACGCGAACAUUUCUGCUUCGAUACGUUAUUAGUGAUUAAUGAAAAUAAAGAGGCUGGCCUCGUUUUAUUUGAAACAAAGUUUCUCUGUGGAUAUUUGUGAAAUAUUACAGAAAUCACUUUUGUUGCCAAAACAUGAAAACAUGCGUUUCUGUCCUCGCGGAUAAAACACGAUUUGAGUUUAUGCUCUUUCGGUUGUGGAGCAAAAUAAAUGAGCAUUAAACGAAAAGAGGAUCGUUCCUUUGCCUGUUAAUGAGUGUAUUGUGAGUAUAAUCCGAUAUCAGGUGAUUGUUCAGUGGAUGCCCAGUUCACAUCAACACACAUCAGGCUUUUAUUCUCGGUGUAAAAAUCAAAUUCAGGCAGGCUAUACACGAACACUGAUAUGGUACGGGCACGUGUAAAAUACCUAUGUUAAUAACGACGAACAAAAAAAAAAAAAUAUUUUGGUUGUUUUUAUGCUUCAUCAAGGCAUUGUGGGAGCACUCUUUGCUAUUUCUUUUCGUUCUUGUUCCUUCAUCUCUUGUACAACCAUGUGAAACUAAAUGUAAUGUUCAUGUUUUAUAAGGGUUAUAAAAGGACAUCGACUGCGGGCACUCAUUUUUUUAUGAUAUCUAUGAUUUUAUCAUGACUGUGAAACGUGAGCUCACCUCAACACCGUGUUUUCGAUUCAUAAAAUAAAUGUAAAAGAAAAAAAAAAAAAAAAAAA